GCUCUGCGCAGUGCUGCUGUUGCUGCUCGACACUCUCUUUGCAGGCUCUUAGCUCACACACACAUACAGCUCACACACAGUGGUGCAACCAGAAGCUACACGCGCAGUAAGCUAGGCACUCUCUCUGUCUGUCUCUCUCUUUCUCUUUUCUCCUUCUUUUGAGAAUGGUCCACUCGGUGCCUUAGGCUCUGCUGUCGCAGCCUACCGCCCAUAUCUGAUCACAUGCAAAACACACUGAAGAGGGCUCAGUAUUAAUCAUGAUGUGAGAGGUGGGUACUGAGUAUUGUGCCCUCUCUUGCGUCUGCCGCUGCUUGGACCUGCUUGUAGUACCAGCCUUAGCUUCCUGCCUGCUUGCCGCCCACAUCGGUGAAAGGACAGCCCGCACAACCCUCCUUGUAACCCCAGACGACCUCUACCUUUUGCUCAUUCACAAAACAGACCGCUGAAGUGUGCACUAUUGAAUCAAAUGUGAGGAUUUUGCUUUUGGAUCCCAUAAGCAACAGUUUUUGUUCAUUUUGCAUUGGUCUGGUGUGCAUCCCUAAGGAAAGAGGAGCUAAAUUAUCUAAAGCAAGAGGGAAGCAUUCUUAGAAGGACAAACAGGAAGUCUGCUUUUGACCGGACAAACACACACACAAACACAAGCACACCCAAGCCACUUUUUUUUAAGGAAUUGUACAAUUUAAGGAAUUGUAGAUUGUUUGCCGCUUAAGCGUGCUGGCCUUGCUGUCGACAUGGCAAUGAAUAUGGCUCACAUGCGGGACACAAAAUGGCUGACGUUGGAGGUGUGUCGAGAGUUUCAGCGUGGCACGUGCUCUCGCUCCGAUGCCGAGUGCAAGUUCGCGCAUCCCGCCAAGAGCUGCCAGGUGGAGAAUGGGCGAGUUAUUGCGUGCUUUGACUCACUGAAGGGUCGCUGUUCCAGAGAGAACUGUAAGUACCUGCACCCUCCUCCUCACCUGAAGACACAGCUGGAGAUAAACGGCCGUAACAAUCUGAUCCAGCAGAAGAACAUGGCAAUGCUCGCCCAGCAGAUGCAGCUAGCCAAUGCCAUCAUGCCAGGAAGUCAGCUUCAGCCAAUGCAGUGUUUCCCAAGCUUUUAUGCCCCUAUGUUUUCGGUCACGCCAAGCCUUGCAACCAACGCCAGUGCAGCUGCUGCAGCAGCCGCUGCGGCCGCGUUUAAUCCGUACCUGGGCCCGGUGUCACCCGGGCUAAUGCCUGCAGAGAUCUUACCCAGUGGGCCUAUGCUAAUGGCGGGCAGCCCUGGGAUGGCAUCUGUACCCUCUGCUGCCAACGCUGCAGCUGCUGCUGCCUCAGCUGCGGCCGCCCAGAAACUCCUCAGAACAGACCGUCUGGAGGUGUGUCGGGAAUACCAGCGUGGUAACUGCUCCCGUGGAGAGACGGACUGCAGGUUUGCCCACCCUUCUGACAGCACAAUGAUUGACCCCAAUGAUAACACAGUGACAGUGUGUAUGGAUUACAUAAAAGGCCGCUGCUCCCGAGACAAGUGCAAAUACUUCCACCCCCCUGCACACCUGCAGGCCAAGAUCAAAGCGGCCCAACACCAGGUCAAUCAGGCCACAGCCGCUGCUGCCAUGACUCAGUCGGCUGUCAAAUCACUGAAGCGACCCCUCGAAGCCACCUUUGACCUGGGAAUUCCUCACAGUGUCAUGCCUCCUUUACCAAAGCGACCCGCACUUGAGAAAGCCAACGGUGCCACAAGCAUGUUCAGUACUGGCAUGCUGCAGUACCAACAGGCUUUGGCCAACAUGCAGUUUCAGCAGCAAGCUGCCUUUAUUCCGUCAGGCUCAAUAUUGUGCAUGACCCCUGCAGCGAGCAUGGUUCCCAUGAUGCACGGCGCUUCCCCGGCCGUUGUGUCCGCAGCAACCACAUCUGCCACAAGUGUUCCCUUCACAUCUGCAACAGCCAAUCAGGAUUUCAUGCAGGUUUGGAACGAUAUGAGGGACUCUUCUCUAUCAAAGCUGACUACCAACGAAUACAUGCAAUUGAUUCCAAUCAUAUCUGCAGAGCAUCUGACUAGUCACAAGUACUUGACACAGAUGUAGUUCCAGUCCACAACAAUCAAAGGAAUGUGCUGUUGUCUCGGACAAAAGAAAAGCAAACUAAAUUCAAAAUUUCAAUGUCAAGAACACAAGUCGGAUAGGAUACACUAUGAAGAUUAGAAUAUGGUCACACACAAUGGAAGGGUUUUACAACAUGGGUUGAAACUGAGUGUCCAUUCUAUCUAAAAAAGUUGUUUUCUUGUCUGACCUAACAGAGUUUUGGCAUGUUAGUAGACCAAGAGAUAUUUUCUGUGAUUUACCUUUUUUUUUUUUCUCAAAAAUGUUUUGAUAGUUUACAAAGUUUUAAAGGUGCACCUUAAAUUGAAAAAAGAAUUGAAAGUCUAUACGGCACAAAACAUCCAGUUAAAUAAUUCAGUGUAUGUAGUUUUCUGUAUCUUUAGUUCUGGCUUCUAGUCAAACUAGAUUGUAAACGCAGAGUCAGGAUUGGACAGAUGAAUGUUUUGGGUAGAACCUGCUCACCUGAGACCUUUCAAAAGCACAUUCUUGCAAGCUUUAUGUACCAUAACCACGGGCUGAAUACCAGACACCAAUCCAGAGUGUUAUAUCAACAGUGUUAUUAUGUUUACCAGAGAUUAAUGUUUUUUACAGCACUUGUUUUUAUACAUAAUUUUACAAGUGUGUGUGUUUUUUUUUUUUUUUAUGAAACAUGCCAUUAUUAUUUGUUAAUCAUUCAUUAGGCCUUCUAGAACUCCUUAUGAAGCCUUUAUGACUCCUAUGAGGACAGGGUUGCCUUGUUCCUAAUGCCCUGUUUCUUUAUAUUGCCUUGAUUGAGAGAAUGUCAUGAUAACAUUGAGAAGGUAAUCGAUAGUCACCGCAUGUCUUUGGGAGGUUGUUGUCAAGGUAACAAGAGCAUAGACUCGGCAGUCAUGCUUUGAAAAUGCGACUGUGUUCCAGUCUUCACGAUUACGGUGUGUGGACUCUAAAAUUCAUGCUGGAAAAGCACUGCUUUGUUGAGUACAUAGUUACAGAUUGUGAGUUUAAGACGAGUUGUAGAGGUACAUGAAAAGACUGGGUCAGGGUUUUUUUCAGUUCUCAUUUUUCUUGAUUUUAAUUUGUUUGAAUUUGAAAUUUAGCCGCUGUACAACAGAAAAAGAGGAACGGAGAAUAUAAUGAGAUGUUUUACCAUUAAGUUGUGCCAAAAAUGUUAUCCUCUCAUUGUUUUAAUUUAAAUGUGUUUUAAUGGGUAUGUUGGUUAUGAAAGAUGAAUAAUUUGUAUAGCUUCAUUUUACAUACAAGGCUGCUUGUGUACACUGGCCAAAGUCAGAUAUAUAGUAAACCAGGAAAAAGACGUCCACAUCAAGGACAUCAAGGAAGUGACUUACAAGGGUUUAGCUCCAACUAAUAAUGAACCAGUUUUAGGUUCGCUUGAAUCUGGAUUUCAGCCUGGUUUAGGUGCACAGAUAUAAAAGGAUGCACGUCAUUGCCAUCUCCUCACUAAAGCCUUAUAUUUCAGUGUUUAAAGCCACAAAAAAUUUAUUUUUAUUUUUUUCAAUCAUGAAUGGGGAAAAAAUAGCUGAUAUUCUUUUGUUCACUCUUAUUUUUUUCUUUAUUAAUCAUGUUACACUUAACGUUCACUCUUGGUUUUGAAGCCUUUUUUAGAAAUAUAUUGUGUUAUUGUUUGCAUAUAUAUAUAUAUAUAUAUAUAUAUAUAUAUAUAUAUAUAUAUAUAUAUAUAUAUAUAUAUAUAUAUAAUUAUUAUUAUAUUAUUAUUUUUGUUAUUUUACAAUUCUGUCAUAGAACUGUUUUAGAAUUUAGGAAAUAUUUUUCUUACUUUCACUUUCUUUUACAUCAUGUUAAGUUCAUGUUUAGCCUGUAGUGUUGUAUACUUAAUUCUUUAUGUUAGAUUUCAUGGUAGAAUGUUUGAAAUUUCAGCUCUUUCGAGGAUUUUGGUUUUGAAUUUGUUAAACAAAUUGUUUUGUUUUCUCUUGUCUUAAAAAAAAAAAAGUGAAAAAGACAGAAAAAAAAGUUAAUUUGCAGGCUACGUAAGAAAUACGAACUACAAUUGAUAUUUUAACCCAUUAUUUUGUCAAAUCGAGACCAUGUCUACAAUUUUGUUAAAAUAUCAAUUGUACAUGCUAGAAGUUAUUUUCUAAUGUUUUCAUUUCAGAAUCUAAAAUUGUGUAUUAAUAUUUCAAGAAACAUCCUUCAAUGUCAGGCCAAAAAAAAGAGCAGCAAUGUGUCUCCAGAGAUUUCUGAUUAUUUAAAGAUUAAAAACAAAGAGAGAGGUCACAGGGUCGUGCCUCUAAAGCUGCAAAUGAGAGAGAGAGCCAUAACUUAAGGGACGAAGGUUGACUUUUUGCACUUCUUGUACAUAGUCAAUAUAAAGAAAAGAAAAGGAACAUGUAUAAUAUUGAGAUCAUAUUUUGAAUAAUAAAAGAUUAUAAAACUAUGAGAAAUUUUCUUAGGAUAAUUUAAGAAUUAGAGUAAUAGUCCAGCUUACAAAUUAUGCUUGCAGAAAUGGCACAGCUGUUGUUAUAAUUUCCGGCCAUCACAUUAAAAAAAAAAAAAAAAAAAAAAAAAAAA